CUUUUCCUCUUUCUUUCUUCACUUUGAGUAUACAUUUUGAAUAGAAAAUGGAAAUACCCGAAGAACUUAAAUACUUGGCGCCUUAUAUUCAACGUGGACAAGAACUCGAUAAUAGGGAACCGAUAGUGGCAUACUACGCUUACUAUUAUGCUGUCAAAUUAGCUAUUAGUCGAGGACCAAGUAAUAAAACUACCAAUGCAUACCUUUCACAAUUAUUGGAUUCCUUGGAAGUGAAAAAACAAGCUCUAGGGUCAGAUAAUGAAGCUAUCAAAGAUGAUUUGGUUGGUUACGCUCAUGUUGAAAACUUCGCUCUCAAGGUAUUCUUGAAUGCUGAUAAUGAAGAUCGAGCUGGACGCGCAACAAAGAAAACUGCCAAGACUUUCUUGGCCGCAUCUGUAUUUCUGGAAAUAUUGAAGACAUUCGGUGAUCUUGAUACUGAGGUUGAAGGUAAAAUCAAAUAUGCAAAAUGGAAGGCUGCCGAUAUUAUCAAAGCUUUACGUGAAGGACGUGUCCCUGCUCCUGGCGCUCCUGGUGAACAAGAAAAUGAAUCAAACGAUGUAGUGAUGACUGAACCCACAAUGACAAGAAUAAGCGAUGCAGAUGUAAAUGAAUCACAACAAGCAACUUCACCACAACCAGCGUGCGUUCCUCCUUCAAUUUCUGAUUUCCCUAGUCCUCCUUCGAAUUAUACAGCUCCUUUACCAUCUUCUUCUCCAUAUCAAGGCGAUUCCAGUGGUAUCCUUCAGCCCUCUCCAACAUCACCAUCCAGUACUACUGCAUCAACGACUCAUCAUCACCACCCUCAACCACCUCCUUCUUCUGAUGUUACCGCAAAGGCACCUUCUCCUAGCCAAUCCUUUAGUGCUACCCAAUCUUCGACUCAUACACAGCAUCUGGAACCAGCUCCUCAGCCCAAGACAAUCUUGACACCAUCAUCAUCUAUUCCUCAACCAGCAAAUAUAUCAACUGUUACCCCAUCUGCAACAACAACGACGGUUGGAAAUACGGAAAUUGCUUCUGCGCAAAAGCACGCUAAAUGGGCCAUCAGUGCUUUGAACUAUGAAGAUAUCAACACAGCUCGAUUACAAUUAUUGAAUGCAUUAAAUGAUCUUGGUUAUAAUUCGCAGAACAACUUUGGAUAUUGAGAUGAUUGAUUUUUGUGUAUUACUUACCCUUUUCUUAUGUUAGUUUUAGU